AUGGCAUCACAAAGUAGCGACGAUAAAAUCAACACAUUCUUAAACAUCGAAACUGUAAAUGAUGAUUUUUUCAAUGAAAUUGUCGAGCGUAAAAUGAAAAUAACGCGUGAUAAAUUUAAAAUUCGGCUUGUGUUUAUUAUGCCAGCGACGGGAAAGAAUGAAAAUUAUGUGUCUGUUGUUUAUCGUGCGAAAAUUAGCGUUGAACUACUUGAGACAAAUGAGAAAGUAUUCGUCAAUGCGAUUAUUAAGGCAUUAAUCACAACAAUUCCUGAAUUAAAAGAAUUUGGGGUCUUUCCAAGGGAGCGAUACAUGUUUGAGGAAAUAAUUGAAAGCUUUGAAGACAUUUGGCGGGAUGUUGGUGGAGAAACUGUAAUUUUUGGACCAGGAUGUCUUGCAAUUCAUUCAGAUCCUUAUGAAAUUAUUGUUCUUGAUGAUUUAAAAGCUGAGGGCUUUGAAGUUUUGGAUAGAAAAGUCGGUGUCAAUUUGGACCAAGCAAAGGCAGUUAUGAAGACACUGGCAAAGUUUCAUGCAGCUGGUGCUGUGAGGUAUCAAAAGGACGGAAUGAUCAAAUCCAUCCUUGAUCGCAACUUGUCAGUUCCAAGGUUCCCUAAAGACGGUCCACUCGGAAAAGCAUGCAAAAAAUUCUUUGACGCAUUUUUUGAUGGAGUUAAAGACCUCAAUGUGUCUGAUUCAUGUGUUGGUAAAAUUGCAAGAUGGGAUCCAACUGAGUUACUUGAUGCCAGUUUCAGAGGAUGUAUACCAAUGAAGUCUGGAUUCACAGUUCUUAAUCAUGGUGACGACUGGAUUAACAACAUGAUGUUCAAGUUAGAUGAAGAUGGAAAUACGGUCGAUUUUCGAUUACUUGACUUUCAGAUGUCAUUUUGGGGAAGUCCAGUUGCUGAUUUGUUCUACUUUUUGAUGUCAUCUGUUAAGGAUGAUGUUAAGGUGGCUCAUUUUGAUGAGAUUAUUGCAUAUUACCAUGAACAGUUGGUUGAGGCACUUGAGAAAUUGAAAUAUGACAAGCAUAUACCAACAUUAGAGGAAUUGAAGGAGGAAAUGAUGGAAAAGAAGGAAUUAGGUAUGAAAUUGUCAAACUUACAUCAUCAUUUGUUAAUUUUAUUCUUUUAA